AUGGCGGCCCACACAAACUGCCUGCCGCACGUCUUGGGCGAGGGGUGGAGAGUUCUUGCCCUGGCCGCGCUUUUGGGGGGGCUGUUUCACUGCUUUUGGGGAGUUCAUGGCAGCGCGGGAGCCUGGAAUUCUUUGAACGAUGACAUCUUGCUGCCAUAUCUUCCUGCUCGGCAUGGCCCACGGCACAACCAUCAGUACAUCCGAGAUUGCCAAGCUCUCCGGCAUGGCAAUGCGACGCAUGAAACCUGGCCCAGCGACAACACCACUGCCUCCCCUUUGGCCAUUACGUAUGGAUUUGUUUCGGACUUCCCGCCACAUAGUCCAAAUCGUCGACAAGUGUACGGCCACUUGACUAUUGUGCGGGACCCCCUGAGGACUUUUUCUGUGCUAGAACCCGGCGGGCCGGGAGGCUGCCGUUUCCGCCACAGAGCCACUGUGGAAGAGACAGUAAGCCGAAGCCGGUGCCUUGUGGCCCAGAAUGGGGGCUAUUUUAGUACAAGCACUGGAGAAUGCUUAGGGAAUGUUGUCAGCAAUGGGCAGCUGGUACAGAACUCUGGUGGAGUGCAAAAUGCUCAGUUUGGUAUCCGGAAAGAUGGCACCUUGGUCUUUGGCUACCUCUCUGAGGAGGAGAUCUUAGCUACGGAGAACCCAUUUGUGCAGCUUGUCAGCGGGGUGGUUUGGCUUCUGCGAGAUGGAGAGGUCUACGUGAAUCAAAGCCAGGAGGCAGAAUGUGACAAGACCCAGGAAACAGGGACUUUUGACACUUUUGUCAACACUGUGUCUGCCAGGACGGCUGUGGGGCAUGACCGACAAGGACAGCUUGUGUUGUUUCACGCUGAUGGGCAGACGGGCGUCAGAGGCCUGAACCUCUGGGAAAUGGCAGAGUUCCUGAAGCAGCGCGGCGUCGUGAACGCAAUCAACCUGGAUGGCGGCGGGUCAGCUACUUUCAUCUUAAACGGAACGCUGGCUAGCUACCCCUCGGAUCACUGCGUGUUGGACUCCACCUGGCGCUGCCCUCGGAGCAUUUCGACCGUCCUGUGCAUGCAUGAGCCUGCCUGCCAACCCCAAAACUGCAGCGGGCAUGGGCACUGCAUGCUUGGACAAUGCCACUGCGACGGAGCCUUCUGGAGCGGGCCAGCCUGUGAUGUCCUGGACUGUGGCCCUUCCAACUGCACUCUUCAUGGAAUGUGCACUGAGAAGGGAUGCCUCUGUGAUGCUGGCUGGACCGGUGCAAACUGCACCCAAGCUUGUGCCAACGGCACCUACGGGGACAGUUGUGCCCAGACGUGCCUCUGCCGCAACAAUGGCCAGUGUGACCCUGUGCAUGGAUCCUGCACUUGCCCAGUGGGCUUCCAAGGAAUCUUGUGUGGAGAAGCAUGUCGUCUCGGACGAUACGGACCAAGCUGUCAGCAUGUCUGUCAGUGCCCCGACCAGUGUUACUGUGAUCGGAGGACGGGCAGUUGCAAUAUUUCUCUUGACUCAGCCAUACUGGAUGAGUUAGCUAGAGCUGGACAAUGCCUGCUCCUAGCCAGCCCAAAGGAAGAAUUAUUUUUCUCUGAGAAAGCCUGGACUGGAAUAACGCUUGGCUUGCUGGUCCUGCUUUCGCUCAGUGCGUUGGUGAACGUCAAGCUGUUCCUCCGCAGCUCCAGAGAGUGUCACGAACGUGGCCGAUACACCUCUGUCCCCCUGGAAGACAUGAAUGGGGAGACCAGACACCGGGGCCCGCUGGCAGUUUGGGAGACCGAUGAUCCCACGGAGGCUGCCUGGGACUCCAAUCAGUUAGAAAGUGUUGAGCUUCUCUGAUCAAAAGAGGCUUUCUUCGAUGGAGCAGAAUCUUCUGGAGAUCCCAUCAUUCUUCAGCGUAGAAGUUUUCUCCUCCUUUUGGGAAUCGGCUGCCAUUUUUCCUAUUGCCUUAGCUGGAACCAGUGGCCCAGGAAGGGCUGAGUCAGUGGGAGCUUAUGGUUUGGAUCCCAAGGAGGGAAGUCCAAAUUGUCUGAAAAUAACCAUCUCCCACCUGCAAGUUUUGGAAAGAAGGUGAACGUUGGUGACUGGAGCUGGCCAUCUCUCCAAUGCUUCAACAGAACUCUACAGUCUUGAAAUGCUGUAGAAGCAGUGAUUCAUUAUUUGAGAGUGGGGAAGUAAUUUUUGGAUUGCUUUAUGGGUGAGGAAUUCUCCUGUCUUACAACAGCAGGUUGCUUCAUUCAGAAACCGUAUCCCAAAAUGUUUAUUAUGUAUUUGUCCCCCCCCACCACACCUUCCCGUCCUCCACACACUAGUCUUCCUGGAGGAAAAAAGAAAAGGCGAGGAACUUGUAGUUUUCUGGACAUCUUUGGACCACAGCUUCCAUCAUCCCAAUUGGUCGCUUCGCCUCAUAGAGCUGAUGGGCUUUGGAGCUAACCAGGUUUUGGAGUGCUUCUGCUCCUGUAAACAGUGCUGCAACGUGGGCCAAAUGUAUGUGCCAACCUAUUUUAUCACUGCCUCUUACACAUACACAGGAAAGAGACCUAGUGUUUUGUGGUUCCUGCCAUGUUAACAGGCAUAAUUGAGGGUGCUGUGCUGAUAAGCCAAACCACUUAACCAAACUGCAAUACUGCUUUCUGAUGAACUUAUGAAGGAUAAGUGAUGAUUAACCAAUCAGAGUUAUUAACCCUUGUGGACAGUGGAGAGGAGCCUAUAUUCUUCACUGUUACUUGCAUAUGCAGAUUUAUAUGCCAGCUUUUCCCAUUCUCCUGUUUUGGGAGGAGAGGAAAUUCAGUGCUUUUAUUUAACUGCAAACUUUGUUUGUUUUCCUUUUUCAUACACUGGACUUGCACUUGGGCUGCAUCGGCUACUGAUCUAAGGCAGCUCGGAGGUUCUUCACUUGCUUUAGCAGAUUAUAAUGGAUUCCCCAUUACCCCCUCUUAGGGAGUCCCUGCUUCACCGGAAAAUUGCAUUUUUGCAGAACGUUGCAUUUUUGUAAUGGCUGAUGAUGGGUAUUCUGCAUAUCCUUUGCUUCUAGAU